CUGGCCGUGUUGGUGCCUUCUCCCCAUUUCCCUGGCCUUGUUUUCCUUCUUCUUCCAGGGGUAGCUGUCUGAGAGGACGACCAAGGCUGUGGAGCGGCCUGCCAUCUCAAAGCUCAGCUCGGAGCCAGUGGGGUGAGGGCUUCACCUCUGUCGCCGACAUGGAAGCCGGGAGCUGGGCUCCCAGAAGGCAUCUGUGCCCACCCGGGAUCAUGUUGGUGGCCUUUGCCUCUCUGCUCAGCUGCCUGUUCACCUCCGGCCAGGCCAAGGUCUACAGUCGCUGCGAGCUGGCCAGAGUGCUACAGGAUUUCGGCCUGGAGGGAUACCGGGGCUAUAACCUGGCUGACUGGGUCUGUCUUGCCUAUUUCACAAGUGGCUUCAACACAGCUGCUGUGGACCACGAAGCUGAUGGAAGCACCAACAAUGGCAUCUUCCAGAUUAACAGCCGGAAGUGGUGCAAAAAUCUCAACCCAAACGUCCCCAACUGGUGCCAGAUGUACUGCUCCGAUUUGUUGAAUCCUAACCUCAAGGACACGAUAAUCUGUGCCAUGAAGAUAGCUCAACAGCCCCAGGGCCUGAGCAGCUGGGAGGCCUGGAGGCAGCACUGCCAGGGCAAGGACCUCAGAGACUGGGUGGAUGGCUGUGACUCCUAGGGUCCUCUUGGGAUGGACCGGGCUGCGCAUGGCAGGCUGGGAAAUGCGGUUUGGCUCCUGAACCAGGCGUGGGAAGACAAGCCAGCUAAUAAAGUAUAGUUAAAAGUAAGUGUGGGUCUCAGCUAUCACUGUGCUUCCAGGUGGCAGGUUAGAGCUAGAGCAUCUCAGGGUUUCUUCACCUAUGCACCUGGGCUGGGCUUCAGGUGGGCUCC